AUGGCUGGAGACUUUAAUAUUAGCACUUCUUGGGAGGGUUUAGGUGGUGGCAGCGGUGGUGGUGGUGUUCGUGGUGGCAGCGGUGGUGGUGGUGUUCGUGGUGGCAACGGUGGUGGUGGUGUUCGUGGUGGCAACGGUGGUGAUAGUGGCAUUUGUAGUGGCGGUGCUGGUGGUGGAGGCGGUGAUGGAGGAGGAGGCGGUAACGGUGGCGGCGGUGGUGGUGGUGGAGGAGGAGGCGUUAGCGGUGUUGGUCGUGGUUGUUCUAGUGGUAGUGGUGGUGGCGGUGGUGGUGGCAGCAGUGGUGGUGGUGUUCGUGGUGGCAACGGUGUUGGUGGUGUUCGUGGUGGCAACGGUGGUGAUAGUGGCAUUUGUAGUGGCGGUGCUGGUGGUGGAGGCGGUGAUGGAGGAGGAGGCGGUAACGGUGGCGGCGGUGGUGGUGGUGGAGGAGGAGGCGUUAGCGGUGUUGGUCGUGGUUGUUCUAGUGGUAGUGGUGGUGGCGGUGGUGGUGGCAGCGGUGGUGGUGGUGUUCGUGGUGGCAGCGGUGGUGGUGGUGUUCGUGGUGGCAACGGUGGUGGUGGUGUUCGUGGUGGCAACGGUGGUGAUAGUGGCAUUUGUAGUGGCGGUGCUGGUGGUGGAGGCGGUGAUGGAGGAGGAGGCGGUAACGGUGGCGGCGGUGGUGGUGGUGGAGGAGGAGGCGUUAGCGGUGUUGGUCGUGGUUGUUCUAGUGGUAGUGGUGGUGGCGGUGCUGUAUCCCAAAGUAGGAUUAAGGUUUUAGCUUCAUUCCCAAGUUCACCAUCUGUUCUGAAGUUAUGUUGA